AUGAUACCCAACACUCCUCACCGACCGCGGAAUGCCAGUGAUUUGUCGCGUUUCAUCACCGACCUCAAUCGACAAUUUGGCCUAGAGAUCCCCACGCUUGGUUUACAUUCCCCUUCGGCCGUCCGCGAUAAAUCGUCUCUUCGCUGGCGAUGUUUUCUCCGCCUUCUCUUUCUUUAUUUCAAAGACCAAACUCAACUCCGCCGGGCGGUCGAUAGUCUUGCCGAAUGGAUUGGGAUGCCUCAGGCUGUCCCAGUGCCAGUGCCAGGCACUGGCCCUGGCCCUGGCCCUGGCAGUCUGACCAACCGGGACAAAGAUGAGCGAAUGGCAUUUCUCCUCCGAGGGUUGGAGGAUCAUGUUUAUUUACUGUCCAGGGGGAGUCCAACAAGUUUGUCCCUCCAACAAUUUGAUGUGCCUCACGUGCCUCACGUGGCCGAGUCGGCGCUUUCCCCGCGCAAACGCCGAUUCUCCGACGAAGACAACAACAACAUCAACAUCAUCAACCACCACGAAGAACUUGAAGACGAACUUGAAUUCCACACAGCACCCAACUCACCCUCCAAAUCCCAAUGCCCAAGUAAUCUGCCUCAUCUGCCACCUAUAUUCGAUUCAGUCGAUCGCGAUCACGAUCUCGAUCACGAUCUCGACCUCCACCUCGACCCCACUCGGCUCUUUUGUCCAAACAAGACCCCUUCGCUCCAGCGAUUCAAACAAUCCCAACCCAAUGCCACUGUCACUGAUCGCAUCAAUACCAGUUUUCACACCGUCUCCACUGCAUCCACCGCCUUAAAUUCUUCUUCCUCUUUCUUCCCCGACCGAUCCACUAUCGACCACUCCUUUGAUACCGAGAUCACCGUGCCCGAUGGUACCCAAUCCACCUAUCCUGACUCCGUGGGCCUUUUUACCGAUGUCAACCUCGAUAUCGAUGUCGAUGGUGACUAUGACGGUCCACAUGACUACUUGAACCAAUCCUUCCAAGAUCGCAUCGUGCAGGAGCUGGUAGAUCACGGUCCUUUCUCUCUCCAUCAUCCGUUCCCCGGCAAAUUACCCUUGCGAUAUCGUUACGAGUUCGAGCGACUGGGCCGCGCCUGGAAGAUUCCCCUGCAACGCGUCUAUCGCGGGGAUGUCGCCUCGUGGAAAUCUCACGAUGAUUUCUGGGCCUGGGUUCAAAGGCACAAUCAACGAUGCGACCAGCCACUUCCACCGAAAUCCUCACGGAGAGCCUGGGAUCAUGCGAUAAACGACUUCAAAACCGAUGCCCCGUCGGAGGUGGUGAUUUUGACGGGAGAAUUCAACUGGUGUCUGCCAGGCGAACCGGGAAUCCUCAAACUGGACUUGAACCCUUUGAAAACAGAAAAGACCUGUCGCUUUCAUCGUCGAUUUGGCUCGGAUCGGUUUAUGAGCCUCAGCAUCCCAGCGCCUUCUCAUGCCCCAAACCACCUGAGCUGCACGGAUCUCUCGUCGGGUCUUCGGGAACCCAUCGCACGAUGGCUCACUGAAAAUGACCAUCAUUGUCUCGGUCGGAAAUGGCGACCGUUCUUUGUCGAGGAAGUCAAAUCAAAACGCAAGGUCAAGGCGGAACCACGCUUUCGUGUGGAAUUCUUCGCCAUCGAUGGAGUGGAUUUCCAGCAUCAACACAUUCACGACAUUCCACUUAUCGCCCCGGCACUUCAGAGAAGCGACAGCCACUCCCCGAUGACCGUGGGCAAUUUGUUGGAGUGGCAUAUGCCCCAGCAGGCGAAUUCCCGCCAGCUUAAUUGCAAAUUGUUCCAACGACUCUCCCUCGGGUUGUCAAAAACGCUGGCAUCCGUUGUAUUACGACCCACGCAGAUCGUGCGACUCCGAGAUCGACCAACCUGGAAAAUGGUGAUGAACGAUGGCUGCGCGUUAAUGUCCCGUGCGCUCGCCUUGAAAAUCUGUGACAGCAUCGGUAUCACGGAGCCCACCCCGAGUUGUUUCCAGGCCCGCAUCGCCGGCGCAAAAGGUCUAUGGAUGGUCGACCGGCAUCAAUCUAGCAUUCGCAGCUUCAGCCACGAUCUCGGAUUCGCAAUUGAAGAUUCACCCCCACCCCAAGAAAUGGGGGACGCAUUCGAUCCUGAGCAGCUCACAUUCGAAGUCGUGAACUGGGCCAAGCCGUUGCACUCGGUGGAUCUGAACAUCCAGCUCCUCGCCAUUCUCCACCAAGGCGGAAACGUGAAACAACACCUCGCCAAGUUGACACGCGAUGGCAUCGAUGAACUCUAUGAUGAUCUGGCCCAUGUACUCCAGUCCGACAAUCCCGUCCUUUGUCGAAGUCUUCUUCAAAAACUCAGACCCUCGGGUGAUGAUGGAGCCAAUAAACUCCGGCGUCUGGAGCAGUGGGUCGUGAAUGAUGCCGAGUUCAUCAUCCGAUUAUCCGAAGCCGGAUUUGCACCGCAGACCUUUUAUCCAUUGCGAAAGCGACUCGGACAGCUGAUGUGCUGGCUGUUGGAACGGCAUGUCGAGGAGCUUCGUAUCCAAGUUCCCUUGUCCACCUACGCUUACUGCAUCGCCGAUCCUUACGAUAUUUUGGAACCGGAUGAAGUGCACUUCGGCUUCUCUACGCGUUGGAAGGACCCUGAUCGGCAAUUCGAGGACACCCAGCUGGAGGGGGUGGACGUCCUAGUCGGGCGUCUACCAGCCCAUGUACCAUCUGACAUCCAACGAAGAAAGGCUGUAUGGAAGCCCGAACUUCGUCACUUCCAGGAUAUCAUUGUAUUUCCCCGGAAGGGAAAUAUCGCCUUGGCGCACAUGCUCUCUGGCGGAGACUACGAUGGCGAUACACCGUGGAUCUGCUGGGAUCCGCAGAUUGUCCAAAAGGCCGAAUUCGGGGCUGACCAUUUUGGACUCACCAGCCAUUCACUACCAAUGAACCAGGUUCAAUCAACAGAUGCAUUUCUGCUAUCUACAUUUGAAUUUAACCUCACGUGUUCCAGCCUCGGACGGUGCACUGUAGAGCACGAGAAGAUUGCCUAUGACGAAUCGAUCAACAGUCCGAAGGCCAUAGAGCUUGCCAAUCUUCUCAGCCAUCUGGUAGAUGGGCGAAAAGGGGGCGUACACCUCUCUGAGCAGGCAUGGCAAGCAUAUCGCAAGAAAAUUAGCCCAAGACAAAGGGCAUUGCCCGCCUAUCGUAACCCCGGUCGGAACCCGAAGACGAGUAAUAUUGUCGAUUACCUCAAAUUCAAUGUCGCUAAAGGCCAUGCUCAUGUGAUUCGUGAAAGACUGGAACGAGAAUUUCCCGAAGGCCAGGGAAGUAACGAGAUAGACGAGGACUUGGCUCGUCCGAGCAGAAAAGCGUGGGAAGUUGCCUGUAUCGACCGCCAACAAGGCGGCGAGCUCCAGCCAACUCUGCAGCAGAUUCAAUCUACUAUUGACCAACUUUGUGACCAAUGGAAGCGAGCGUUUCGAAAUGGGACAGAAGGGUUUCCGAUCGAAGCGCGACAGGCAAUUGAGUCCGCGUGCUCGCUUUGUCCUCCCAGUUCAGGUUUCCACCCUAUUCUCCACACAUGGCAAAAUAGUCCAGACGAGUGGCGGCGUCUUCUCGCGUCGUGUGCCUAUGUAACGCAUCCGCAUUCUAGUUUCAUUUUUCAUGCUUUCGGCGAGACGCUAUGUCAGCUAAAAACAGAGGCUGUACCGUCGCGACUGGUGACGCACGAUGUUCUUGCUUGUUAUCGGAUGAAUCAGAAGACGGUCGCCCAACUCACGGAAGCUGGGCCUCCGGGCGAGGAGGAAGAUGACGAUCAGUACGAAGGAAAGGAUGCCAUUGAGACUUUUUUCCUUGGGACGGACAUAGGAUACCAUGAUGGAGUAGAUGAUGACGAACAAGGCAUUGAGUAA